UGCAAAUAUUCACAGGACCAGCUCUUACGAUUAGAUUUUCACUGUGUUAUGUCUUGAUGAGAAUAGGCUUUUCCCAUGGGUGCGUUCAUGUGGAGAACCUAAGACAGGCAUGCCCCAUUUCAGAAGUUUGGCCAUUGCAUCUCAGAAGGAAUUUCCAUUUGCUUCUGGUUCCAUUUCCAUUGGACCCUAAUGUUUUAGCUACUGUGAUGGUCAUGGAAAUUGUUUCUGGGAGGCAAUCGCUGUAUGGGGUGAGUCAUACAUUAGGUUUGUAGUGUAAGUGCAUCACUGGAAAUGUGUCUCAUGGUAAGACCAACACAGUUACAUGUCUGAACCAGCUCUUAGUUCCACCCAAAUGUAUAAGUUUUUUCAGAUACAUCUGAGCAAUUCUACCUGCCAGGCUACUGUGAUAUAACACUGUGCAACUUUCCUAUUGACCAAGCUAUGCACGAAAUCUCCUGGGUACAGUCACUUGCCCCACCAUCAUUUUGAGACUGUGCAUGAGGACUGGGUGAAUGUAUGUUCAGGCUUUCUUGUGAAUGUGCACGGUUGCUGGCAUAAUGGAAUUGCAUUCUCCAUUCAGUUCCCAUUCAUUCCAGCACAUAUAUUUUGUUGAUCGGUCGCUUUGAAAACAAACAAGUGAAUAACAAAACAUCUAUAUAACUGAAAGGGUUGAAUGGUUCUGCCUUCUAUGUAGCACUAUUGGGAUUGCAAAUGAAUGCAGUGGUUGCAGAUAAUGGUUUUAAAGAGUACUCAAGAUGGAAUCAAGAAUGAGUGCAGCAAAUUCAAGAGUUGGAGAGUGUGGUUGUUUGGUGUUAUUUGAGAUCAUAGCUCCACCAUCUGAUCUCCUGUUGAAACAGCAUUUGACUUGCAAGGGGGAGACAUGCCUAAGGAGAAGAAAAUGGAAGUUUCCUCUGGAUCUGUUUAUAACUCUUAAGAUGCAGCAUACUUAAAAUAGAACUUUAAAACAAAAGGGAGUUUUGGCACGAAUGCAGUAUAAAAAGACUGGUUAAAACUCAAGUUAAGUGAAGGAUGGAAAAAUAUUUAGAUGUGAGAUUAUCCCGUCAGUUAGCACAGACUGAUAGACUAUGGAUGAUACAUUUUAUUAUCUUUCACUGACAGAGAAAGCCACAGGCCCAGCUAAAAUAGCACACGUCAACCUUCACCAGCUACCUCCAUUUCCCGUACCCUUUAAAUUCUUCAGUUCCUUUCCAGAACGAAAUGUGGUACCAUAACUGCAUUCCAGUGCAUUAGGAUUCCAACUUCAAAGCAACUCAUAAAAGUGCUUCAGAUUUAUUAGGUUUGCACAGUCAGCUGCUCUAAAGGAAGGGAACAGGUCAUUUUAUAACCCACCUGCCCCCAGUAUUGUUAUUAUCUGAUUGUAGGGGCACCUGCUCUUUUAAUGCGUGCAUUAAUAUACCAAAUGAACAAGUUGUUGUUUGCAUGCACACAAAAAGCUGGUGUUCAUUACCUAAGAUGGUUGUUGCCCUGGAUAGAAGCAGUACAGCUAAACACCCUUGAGAGGGAAUAGCUACGGUAAGUGAUCACAUAGGAAGCCUUACACAAAAUCAAUUCACAUGUGUCAGUUAACAUCACUGAGGGUGUGUUUACCUAGCAGAUUUUACACACGAAUGAAUAACAAUUUGGGUAUCAGAGAGCUUCCAGGUGCUUGCAUCUUUUGCGUCAAAAGUUUAGUUUUUAUUUUUCAUUUUCUCAGUCCAAAUGCUUCCCUACUUUUUCCAUUUGGCGCUAGGUGGGGAGGGAAGCCUCAUUCUAUAAUUAGGCAAUGGAAGCUGGUCUGUUAGGGCAAAGGAUGAAUGAAAUGAAGUGACUUUGCUUUUUAAUAUCGAUAUUUGAAACCAAACUUUAGCUCCCCAUCAAAGGAGAAACUGGAAGCUGAUCCGUCUGACAAAACAGAUGCUCUGGUGGCUGCAAAGCAAAGUGCUGGAAGAAGAGGGGAGUCUAUGGGAGAACCUGGGACCUCUGAAAUGGCUAGACUGUCCCCAUUGAGCCAAAGUACAGAUCAGCUUCACCAUCUGAAGAGCUGGCAUAUUUCCUCUGGGCCACAGACAGGCAAAGACUGGCAAGGAGAAAAGCAUCCAAAUACUCUGCCGCAUUGUGAGCCUGCAUCUUCUGGACCCAGACAGCCACAUGUGGAAGGUGUUGGAGGACAAAGGGGAUCAAAUUCAACAGCCCAUGAACUGAAACAACCUCCUACCACAAAUAAAGUAUCGCACACUUUCCCAAGUGUAAUCAGUGGCAGGUUGCCAAAUCCAAACGUACCUUUGGAGCCCCUUCAUUCUUCACCAGCCCUUCCUGCUCCUGCUGAGAUGGACGAUGAGGUUUUUAAGGAGUCUUUCAGCAGUGGCUCAGAUGUAGCCUCUGACCUCCCUUCCCUCCAUAGAGAAAGUAGGAGUUUUAUUCCGAGCAGAAGAGCACCACAGCCUGCCAUGAUGUCUCCGGCUUCCGCAGAAGGAAAGCAAGUCAAGGAAGAACCUAGUACCAGCUUCCCUAUCCAUGAGAAAGAAGAAUCUAGUCUUGGAAAUAGCAGAGAAGAUGAGAAUUCUCCUGAAAAUUCACAUGGUGCAGACAUGGCUCUUGACUUCCCGGCUUUCAAAGAACAGAACAGCAGACAUUCUCAGUUGAAAAAAGAAUUCAGUGACAAAUCCCAACUUUCCAGUGUUUCUGGAAGAACCCGGUGGCAGCAAUUAGAGGCAAAUAACGCAACCCAUGACUCAGAGAGGAGGGCAUAUUAUUGCACUGCCUUGUUAGAAAGCCAAGGACAUAGAGAUACUAGCCAUCCAUUAGCAGAUUCGGGAGCUCUGCAAGAUGAGCAUGAUUGUAACUUUCCAGCACAAGGCACAGAUUUAUCUUUAGCACAGUCAAUAUCGACAGAGGACCAAAGGUGUGAAGACCUUGCAGUUGAGAUUAUUGCCAAAGACAAGUCUCUGGUUGACAUCCUCACACCCCAUCCCACCAGAAAGACUGCUUUAGAUCUCAUGGAAGGCCUUUUCCCUGUGAACAUUUCAAUGCCAGGCAGAUCCUGCAGAAGGAAGGAGGGAAUUCAGUCUGUCCAAGAAAAAGACCAAAGAAGCAGUGACUGUGCAGCAGACCCAUCUCAUGGGACUCAGAGUUUUCUUGAGCAAAGUACAGAUCAAAUUCUGAGUAAAAGCAGAGAAAGUCUUGAUGAUCCAGACAGCAUUACAUCAAAGAAAAGAGAACUUAUUUCCAGCAUCCAUUUGAAGCUACAGGCUCUGUGGCUUGAGAGGGAGCUUAUCGAGUCUGAAGCUAAGGGGUAUGCUGUGCGUGGCAAGGAGCUCGAGUCUCUGGUCCAAGACCUGUGUAAACCCAAUGAGUAUGAGCGCUACAUGAUGUUCAUUGGUGAUCUGGAGAAGGUGGUGAGCCUGCUGCUGUGCCUCUCCAGCCGCCUUGCUCGGGUCCAAAACGCUAUGGAGAAAAUGGAUGAAAACACAGAUGCUGAGGAGAAGCAGUCAUUAAAAGAGCGGCACAGACUCUUGUCCAGGCAGCGGGAGGAUGCAAAGGACCUGAAAGAGAACCUGGAUCGGAGAGAAAGGGUGGUGUCGGGUAUUCUUUCCAAAUACAUGACUGAAACGCAGCUUCAGGACUACAAGCACUUUGUACAGGAAAAGACAUCACUAUUGAUUGAACAGAAGGACCUUGAGGAGCAGAUGAAGUUUCUUGAAGAGAAACUGGAGAGGUUGGAGAAGAGUAUUCCUACUUAAAGCCAUAUUAGCAGGCCACUUGUUUUCAUGAAUGAAACGACUGCGCUAGAACUCCAUCUGUAUCCAUGGAAACAUUUAAGAAGGGAGCAAGGCUGUGUUUGGUGACUUCACAUAGGCAUCUCAGUGCCUCAGUGCUGACAAGGGCUUAAUUGGCCCAGGCAAACAUUCUUAGGAGAAAGUGACAAAACCUUAACUGUAGGUGGCAAUGCAUUUUAUCUUGGAAUGACUGAUGCAAUGCGUCUUGCCUUUCAUUAAUGAGCUGGUGCGCUGUUUUUCUUUCCUGCAGACUGCUGGUCUGUUUCCAGACUGACAUCAUCCCAAUAAAGAAUAUAUAAGUAUCAUAAAAUGUUUUCCUCUUUCUGGAUGGAGUGGGUAUUUAAUUGACAGGCAACAUUCACGUUUAAAUGUGAAACACAAUAGCACCAACUCUUGCAGGCACAACACUUGCAGGCCUUUUAACGAACUCCUUUUCCAGUUUAACCACAGAGCUUCCCUCUAACAAGGGAGCAGCUUGCAGGGCCAAUAACUCUAUGAAACAGUAAUAAAACCCAGCCUGGAGCUAUUCAGGUACUAGAAUUGUUUCUUCAGAACAUGGGUGUGCAGGAUGUUGAGGAAUACCCCUUUCUGCCUGCCUUUCUUUCUUGCUCUCCUACUUUACUCUUACUAGGUGUGCUUAAAAUUAUUUCCAGUUUCCCAUAUACAGCCAUAUCUUUUUCAAAAUAUGUACCCAGAUUUUAUAUGCAAUAAUUGGUAUCCUAUGAAUGAUUUUUUUUGGGGGACAGCAUUCCAUUUAAUUAAAACAUUUAUUCCUUAAGAAGCAAUAUGUAAAUUUAGCAGACAUAAGAAGCUGCCUUUAACUGGGUUCAACCAUUGGUCUGUUCUGAUGGGUCCUGGCUCCAGGGAUUGGGCAAUUCUUCACCAGAACACCCUCAAUGCCCCCCCCCCAAUGUGGAAGAGGCAAGUCAUUGCCUAAUAAUUUUCUUAAGCUGAAUCUGAUCUUUUUGAAUACUCUGUGCAAAAUGGAAAUGAUAACACUGUUAGAGUGCCUCUUUGCUGGCCUUGGCCAAAACACAACUUUGUCACCAUAGAACAGGCACCCCCAAACUCGGCCCUCCAUAUUUGUGGGACUACAACUCCCAUCAUCCCUGACCACUGGUCCUGUUAGCUAGGGAUGGUGGGAGUCGUAGUCCCAAAACAUCUGGAGGGCUGAGUUUGGGGAUGCCUGCCAUAGAGUGUUGGGUGUAGGGGGCAUAACUUUCCACUUGGCUAAUCUAUUCCAAAUGCUGGUUGUGUUUAAUACAUUUUACAAUGAUUGCUAUAUCAAAAUGCUCAUUUUCUGUAAUGCACAGGUCUCUCCUCUCUAAUUGCAACAUAAAAAUCGGAGUGGGGUAAAUAAAUACACAUGGCAUUUCCAGGCAUUUAAAAAUAAUUAAACAAAAACCAAAUACCUAAAAAAACACAGGCUUUGGUGCAAUAUACAGCUCCAGGGAAUGUACUCUGCCAAAUGGCCAUAUGCUAUGUUAUUAAUUGUUUUGCCACAUCUUCCUUUCAAACGCCCACCACCAUUUGCACAUUUGUAGGUUACUUUGACUGCCUUUGUCUAACUGAAGGACAAGGAAAGGGUGCUGAAUGAGAAAAGGACAGAACCGGUGGACUAGAAUGAUCCGUUCAAGACUGGGAUGGGGAACAUAAUGUUGUUGGAGUACAACUCCUAUCAUCCCUGACCAAUGGCUGUGGUGGUUUGGGGCAGAUGGAAGUUGGAAGUCCAACAAAAUCAGAAAGGGGUUCCUUAAACCAGAGAAGGAACACUGCAAGUUUCCAGUGGUUAAUUGCAGUUGGGAUGAGCAAAAGGGCUACCUUUUGGAUCUGGAUUUACUAUCAGAGGUAAUAGCCUUUUCUCUUACAAUCAACAACCUGAGAUAUUGUGUAGGAGAGCUAGUAUCCCUGACAUUAAGCUCAGUUCCAAGGAAACCCUUUUGCCCAUCGCAUUUGCAAUUAACAACUGAAAACCUAUCCACGACUUAGGCCAGGGGUCGGCAACCUAAGGCCCAUGGGCCACAAGCAACCCACGGGGGUCAUUUAACUGGCCCACGAGCCGCCCCCAAACCAAGUCACCUGCUUGGCAAGACACACACCCCCCCCCCCGUGCUGGGCUAAACCGGCGCAGCGCGACGUGGAGAUUCACUUCUGCGCCGCCGGAAAUCGUGCCUGCGCAGACGCAGGAAAUUGCGGGCGCACGUGCGAUCCAGCCCACAGAGAAAUCUCCGCUGGAGUGAACCAGCCCAGGCAAGGUAAACCCCUGUGCGUUCCCACUGCCAGUUUGGGAAGCGGUGUGCACAUGUUAGCCACAAACCAUAUCUAUCUUGCAUCUAUUCUAUUGUUUCUUACGAAAUCCUGCAUUUUAAUGCAUUUCACCCCAAACCAGCUUUGAUCCAAACUAAGAACAAUCCAGCUGCAUUUUGAGCCACAGCCUUUGGUCUCGUCCACACUCCCACUUGUCCUGUGCCUAUAAACCAUGGGUCAGAGCAGUUUUCUGCUUGCCCCAUGUUUUCUAUGCAUGUAUCUGAGCGGUUUUGCCUUUGACCUGCUGCUUUCCCCCGGGAAACCUGCUCUUUAGUGCUAAAUCAGAGCAAACAUCAAUCUGAAGAAAACCCAAUCAAUGUUUGCUCCGAUUUAGCUCUAAAGAUUGGGUUUUCUCAGGGGAAAGAGGUGGGGCAAGUGGAAGUCUGAAUGAGCCCUUAGCUGCAGCAGCACAGUCCUAAGCACAGAGAAGUAAAUCCCACUGAGUUCAAUGAGGCCUGGAACCUGUGCAGAUGUUAUUACAACAGGCUAUGCUCUGUAGUUAAUUCCUCUACCCUAGGAGUACUUCUCUGGGAAUACUGAACUCCAAGCAUGCUAACCCCUGUACCACAAGACAGAGACACUUGCAUUUGAGGAACUUUUGCUCUGUCGUUUGUUGGAGGCUGUGCAUUUACAGUACAUACCGUAUCCCCUGCACUGGUGAAUGAGCACCUUCUAGUGGCAGCAACGGAUCCUUUUGCUUGUUCCUCACAUUACUGUUACAACAAGUGACCAUGACCCUUUUCUCUGCACUGUUGUAAAGCCCAAUAGCUGUGUGAAUCAAACUGGUCAGUUGCUAUAUGCUGCAGUCUACAGGUACAGAAAAGGGUAGACACAGCACACACAUAGAGAGAAAGAAGAAACACAAUAUUUAGCUCAACAACUUUCCUGUCCUGAUUUUCAGUGUUUGAAAUAUGGCAACCCUACCUUACAACACAAUAUUUAGUAUUAAACACCCUGCUUUGCCUUCUCUGGAUUCAUUAGUCCAGGGGUAUUCCCCCCCCCACACACACAUACACCCUCCCCAAAUAUGCUCUGCAUUGUUUGGGCGAAUCUUCGGAACAAUUUUAGGCUUUGCAUGGGGCUGGAGAAGAGAGGGUAAAAGGCCAAUUUGUGCAGAAAUCCUUGUGUUGAAGGGAGAUUUGCUUAGUGUGACAUUGGCUACAAGCCUUAGUUUAGAUAGCUGCUUUAGAAAUGAUUACUGU